GUGAGUGAGGAGAGAGCGAGGGGGAAAGGGGGACACUGGAAAAGUUUUUGUUCUUUUCCUUUUUUUCCUCCCUUCAUCGCCUCCCCCUGUUCUAACCGGGGAACAUGGACCAGGGGCCCAAGAGUCCUGCACUGCGGCUGGGGAGAGCAGGACAUGGCGGAGUGAACCAGCUGGGAGGUGUGUUCGUGAACGGCAGGCCCCUCCCAGAUGUGGUGCGACAGCGAAUAGUAGAACUCGCCCACCAAGGGGUUCGGCCCUGCGACAUCUCACGCCAGCUACGAGUCAGCCACGGAUGCGUCAGCAAAAUACUGGGCAGGUACUAUGAAACGGGCAGUAUCCGCCCCGGGGUAAUCGGGGGAUCCAAACCAAAGGUUGCUACUCCCAAAGUGGUCGACAAGAUCGCCGAUUACAAACGCCAAAACCCCACCAUGUUUGCCUGGGAGAUCAGGGACCGGCUGCUCGCCGAGAGAGUGUGCGACAACGACAGCGUUCCCAGUGUCAGCUCCAUCAACAGGAUCAUUCGGACAAAGGUUCAGCAGCCGCCCGGCCAAACGGGCUCAGUGUCGGCUCACAACUUAGGGACGUCCGUGGCUGCCACACAAGUGUCGGCGGUGACCAGUGACUCGGCCGGCUCCUCGUACUCCAUCAGCGGCAUUCUGGGUAUCAGCUCAGCUGCUGAUGUCGGCAAGCGGAAGAGGGAUGAAGGUUUGCAGGAGUCGCCGCUGGCCAACGGGCACGGCCACAGUGGGCGGGACUUCCUCAGGAAGCAGAUGAGAGGGGAGCUGUUCUCACCGCAGCAGAUCGAGGUAUUGGACCGUCUGUUUGACAGACAGCAACCCUGUCCAAUCCAAUCCAGCUCUGACCUCUAUCUGAGCCCUGACUCUGGCAAGACGUCAGAUUAUUCGGCCAUGGCCUCACUAAGUGGUGGACUGGACGAGAUGAAGAACAGUUUGGCCAAUCCUGGUACAGGGGCGGAGUUAGGAGCCGGUGUAUCCGGUCCACAGUCCUAUUCACUCGUUCCAGGUCGAGAUCUCGCCAGCACCACUCUGCCAGGCUACCCUCCUCAUGUUCCACCCACCGGACAGGGCAGCUACUCCACCCCCUCCCUCACUGGCAUGGUACCUGGGGGAGAUUUCUCCGGAAGUCCAUAUUCCCAUCCCCAGUAUUCCACAUACAAUGAAUCGUGGAGAUUUCCCAACCCCAGCUUAUUAGUGUUUCAGCAGGAUUAUGGGUCUCUCCUGGGGACGGAAAUCGGCUGCUCCUCCAGUCUCUUCACCAGCCAGGCAGGACAGAUGCAAGGGUCACCGUACUACUACAGUGCAACAUCACGGGGGGCGGGCCCUGCUGCCACUGCAACAGCCUCCGCCUACGACCGCCACUGACCCCUCCGACUGAAAGAAGAAGAAGAUUGGGAG